GUGUCUCCAGAACUAUAUCCCGCCCCAGAGCCUGACCCUGUCGUGCCCCGUGUGCCGCCAGACCUCCAUCCUGCCUGAGCGCGGCGUGGCCGCCCUGCAGAACAACUUCUUCAUCACCAACCUCAUGGAGGUGCUGCAGCGCGACCCCGAUCCUGCCACCGCCCGCGAUCCUGCCGCCGCCGUGCUUGGCUCUGUCAGCGCCGGCCGGCAGCCGCUCUCCUGCCCCAACCACGAGGGCAAGGUGAUGGAGUUCUACUGCGAGCCCUGCGAGACGGCCAUGUGCCACGAGUGCACGGAGGGCGAGCACCGCGAGCACCGCACCGUGCCCCUGCGCGACGUGGUGGAGCAGCACAAGGCCGCGCUGCAGCAGCAGCUCGACGCCAUCAAGAGCAGGCUGCCCCAGCUGACGGUGGCCAUCGGGCUCGUGACGGAGAUCAGCCAGCAGCUGGCCGAGCGCAAGAACGACGCCGUCUCGGAGAUCUCCAGCACCUUCGAGGAGCUGGAGCGGGCGCUGCAGCAGCGCAAGGGCGUGCUGGUGCGUGACCUCGAGGCCAUCUGCGGGGCCAAGCAGAAGGUGCUGCAGGCGCAGCUGGAGGCCCUGCGGCAGGGCCAGGAGAACAUCGUGAGCAGCUGCACGUUCACGGAGCAGGCGCUGCACCACGGCACGGCCACGGAGGUGCUGCUGGAGAAGAACCCCUUCCGUGCCAGGGCUGUCAAGGCCUCCGACGUGCCGCCCUCGCCUGACGACGUCAAGCGCCGCGUCAAGUCUCCCAGCAGCGGGCACAUCCGGCAGAAGGCCGUGCGCCGUCCCUCCAGCAUGUACAGCAGCGGCAAGAAGAAGGAGAACCCUAUUGAGGACGAGCUCAUUUUCCGCGUGGGGAGCCGCGGUCGGGAGAAGGGCGAGUUCACCAACCUGCAGGGCAUCUCCACCUCCAGCAGCGGGCGCAUUGUGGUGGCCGACAGCAACAACCAGUGUGUCCAGGUGUUCUCUAAUGAGGGGCAGUUCCGGCUGCGGUUCGGGGUGCGGGGUCGCUCCCCGGGGCAGCUUCAGCGCCCGACUGGCGUCACCGUGGACACCAAUGGCGACAUCAUCAUCGCCGACUACGACAACCGCUGGAUCAGCGUCUUCUCCCCCGAGGGCAAGUUCAAGACCAAAAUCGGGGCAGGGCGGCUGAUGGGCCCCAAGGGCGUGGCUGUGGACCGCAACGGGCACAUCAUCGUGGUGGACAACAAGGCCUGCUGCGUCUUCACCUUCCAGCCCAACGGCAAGCUGGUCACCAAGUUCGGCAGCCGCGGUACGGCCGAGCGCCAGUUCGCAGGGCCACACUUCGUUGCUGUGAACAACAAAAACGAGAUCGUGGUGACCGACUUCCACAACCACUCGGUGAAGGUCUUCAGUGCGGACGGCGAGUUCCUGUUCAAGUUCGGGUCCCACGGCGAGGGCAACGGGCAGUUCAACGCCCCGACUGGCGUGGCCGUGGACGCCAACGGCAACAUUAUCGUGGCCGACUGGGGCAACAGCCGCAUCCAGGUACAGCCCUGGCCCCUGGGGCCACCGGCUCCUAAUCCCUGGCUCCUGCCCCCGAGCCCAAGGCCCCGGUCUGGGGGAGGGGACAGGCUUGCCAGGCUCGCGGGAGAGGGGAAGGGGUUGGGGGGUGCUGCACUCUGGGUCCUCCUGGGGUUGCGAGCCUUGCUGGGGGGGCUGGGGGCUGCUGGCCCCAAGGGGAUCGCCGGGAUCUCGAGUCUGGGGGUCCUUCCUGCACCCACCCAGCCUCCGCGGGGGUAG